AUAUUUAUUUUAGAUUUUACCACUAUAUUGGUAAUUGUUGUGGCAUUUAAAUAUUUAACAGCUUAAAUGUUGUUUUUUACGUAAGUAAAAAUAUGUUUUUAAAUAUUUGAUUGAUUGGAUUAAUAUAAAAAGAUCUGCUGUAUUGUAAGAAAAUCCCACUUAAAUAAUCAUUCAAAACUCAAGAGUCUUAUUUAAUUAUUGAACUUUGGUUACGAAGAUCUUUUAUAAAGGGGGAGGGGUGUAUCUUUCAAUUCAAUGAUGACUCUUUGCAAUCAUAUAACAUAUUUAUUUUACAACUUUUGCGGAUUUGGAACUAAAGUCAUUAUGCUCUGGUUUUUAUUAAUGUGAUUUGUACUUGUGUUGUUUAGUAUUUUAUGAUUUAUGGAUUUUUCUUAACAAUAUAAUGUUCAACGUUAAAACUUGUAAAAUGCUUUAUCAUCUAGACUUGUAAUAUCAGAUAGAGAGAAAAAUUUGAUUGAAAAAAUCUUUUUGUUGAUAAAAAUAGAAGAUGUAUGUUGUAUAAUAAUGUUAAACUUUUAAGGCAAGACAUUUUUCAAUAUUCAUUCUUUUCUUCCUUUCUCAUUAAACCCUAGAUCAGAUAAAUAUUAAUGUUUCAUGUUUCAGAAAUGUAAACAAUGAUGGCAGUACGGUUAUUAUAACUAUUAACAAACUAUAAGAAUUAAGAUCUGAUAAAGAAUCUCCACUAGCAUUAUGACCCAAAGCUCUAUGAGCUUUACACAAUAUUUUUGUGUAAGUUUUAAUGAAAAACUUCGAGAAACAUUGAAGAAUUUGUCUUAACCGCAACCAAUGAUCUGAUUUGUAUUCUGGAAGAGAACGCUAAAGAUCUGAAGUAAAUAAUUUAAAUCAAAAUCUUCUGAAAGUUGAAAAUGUCUGACUGGAAUAUUCCUUUAUAAUCUAAGAUCUGUAAUUCUGUUACGCCGGUAAAAGAAGAAAAAAUGGCGUGGAAAACUACCCCUGGCUGGACUCUUGUUGUCUUUGUUUUAAUACCUUCAGGAAUAUUUGGUUUGAUCUGCUCUUGUAAUAAUCUAAGUAUGUGUGCUGAGUCUACCUGUCAGACGGAUGGAAAGUGCUUUAGAUCCUUGAAAUAUGAUAACGGCGUAAUACGAGAACGUCUUCAAUGUUUAACUAAAGAACAGCUGGUUCCUAUCUUCAGACCUCUUAUCUGCGAGUACAGCAAGAAAACUACUCAAGUCUAUAUCUCUGGAUGUUGUGAUGAUUAUGAUUUAUGUAACCUCUCUCUGAACCUGACACUAAUCCCUGGUCCUACUCCUACAUUGAUCAACUCUGUACAAGAGUUGACAUCGAUCCAUGUAAUCAUUGCAGUUCUGGGGUCCUUAGUAUUUCUUCUUACAACAGGUUGUCUGGUGUACCUAGUGGGAAGGAGUGGAAGAUGUAAAAAAGUUCCUCUGCCCUGUCUUAAACAUUAUACCGAGGUGGAAACACAAUCUUGUGAGACUGGGGUAACUUCUCUGCAGGAUGUUAUGAAUAUGUCGAGUACUGGAUCAGGAUCAGGGUUACCUAUUCUACUUCAACGAACUAUUGCGCGACAAAUACAGCUGAAGGAGUGUAUAGGAAAGGGCAGGUUUGGUGAGGUACAAAGAGGAGAAUGGAGAGGGGAAAAUGUUGCUGUAAAAAUAUUCUCCAGUGUAGAAGAACUCAGCUGGUUUAGAGAGGUUGAGAUCUAUCAGACGAGUAUGUUACGUCAUGAUAAUAUACUAGGAUUCAUUGCAGCUGAUAAUAAGGAUAAUGGUACCUGGACUCAACUGUGGCUUGUUACUCAGUAUAUGGAGCUUGGCUCACUCUUUGAUUUCCUAACAAAAAGGCAUAAACCGUCCCUCAAGGGAAAUGGUAAGCCUGCCAUAGCUCACCGUGACCUGAAAAGUAAAAAUAUUUUGGUUCGUCAUGAUGGAGUCUGCGCUGUCGGGGACUUAGGAUUGGCGGUCAGAUAUUUCUCUGAGAGUAACAGUAUUGAUGUUCCCUCGAAUAGCAGGGUUGGGACUAAGCGCUACUUAGCUCCGGAGGUUCUAGAUUCCUCGAUCUUGGACGAGGAUUUCGAGUCUUAUAAACAGGGAGAUAUCUACGCCCUUGGUCUAGUAUUCUGGGAGAUCCUAAACCGAGUAGAGAGGGGGCAGGGUGCCCCCAGCUACCAAGAGGAGGGUGUAUCUGGCUACCAGCCACCCUACUGGGAUAUGGUUGGGAUUGACCCAAGUAUAGAUGAGAUGAGAAAGGUUGUGUGUAUAGACCAGUGUAGACCUGAACUUCCAGAUAUUGAUGUUGAUGAAAGUGAAAUAUUUGAACCACUGUGGAAACUGAUGAAUGAAUGCUGGUAUCCUGAACCUAAAGCUCGUCUCUCUGUACUCAGGGUUAAGAAGUCGCUGUCUAGUCUGAAGGAAUCCUGUGCUAUCAGCUCUAUUAUAUAAAACUAGAACAUUUACGAAUUGACAACCAGUUACCAUCGUUGAUAUCGAAGUAUCUGAACGCUGUUGAAAAAUCCAGAGAUGUAUUCAAGGAUGAAGAGAACGAAGAAGGCUUCAGCUGCCAAAAAUUCCAGAAGAAAUUCCGAGUUGUGUCUUCUUUAUACACAAUAAUCUACAACGCUUGAUAUCGAUAUCUUCUUCGGAAACAUUGAAAUUUGAGAUUUACAGGCUUGAUCUCUCAAUCUUAGCUAAUCUUGUUGGGUUCUAAAAGCGGGAUAUAUCCAAUAGGAAUCAAUUUACGCUUUAUUAAGGGAUUAACACUAAAGUUCUGACCCUAUGAGACCCUUGGAGAUAGGAAUCUAUUUACGCUUUAUUAAGGGAUUAACACUACAGAUCUGACCUUAUGAGACCCUUGGAGUAGAGAAGCGGGAUAUAUCCAAUAGGAAUCUAUUUACGCUUUAUUAAGGGA